CCAGCUAUACCACAUCUUGCACCGAAGUUACAUCAGUCAGUUUACGAUGGCUAGUGAAGAUAAAAACAAGUGAUUCAAACAAAUUACAAUAAUGUUAUGGAAUUUUAUAAAAUAUCUAUGAAUUAAAUCGAUUUGGUAGGGUUUACUAAUGUUUUCUCUAUUGGAAACUCCGUGAAAGUUCACAGUCGUUUGAACUCAUUCAUUAGUUUUAAACACAGAUACAAGCAGAGGCCUGACUUCAUUAGGGUGGAACAGAAGGAUGUCCCAGCAUGCUUUGCUCUCAUUAGGUGCCAAAGCCUGGCGCUGCCUUUACUGCCCCAAAUCUGAACUUCGCCUGGACCUGACACUGGAAUGUGGACAAACCUUUAGAUGGCGUGAGACAGGCAAAGGCCACUGGACAGGAGUGAUGGGAGGACGAGUGUGGACGCUAACUCAGACAGACGACACUUUAUGGUACCAUGUGUACAGAUGCCGAGAGGAUCCGGAUCACGUUAACGGACGGAAAAGGAAAAAAGCAGAGGACUCCCAAGAGUUAUGGAAGAAGUUUAAAGAAAUGGCUGAGGUAAAGGUGGAAGAGGAUGACAAGAGCCUUUGCGUGUCAACUUCCGAGCAGGAUGCCAAAGACGAGGAGGUGCUGAAAGACUAUUUCCAGUUGAGUGUUAAACUGGAGGAUUUGUAUAAAGAGUGGGGUGAUGCAGAUCCACACUUCAGACGCACAGGGAACAUCUUCUCAGGAUUGCGAAUGUUGCGGCAGGACCCUGUGGAGUGUCUGUUCUCGUUCAUCUGCAGCUCGAAUAAUCACAUCACCCGGAUUCAGGGGAUGGUCGAGCGUUUGUGUGGCAGGUUUGGGACACUCCUCUGCGAACUUGAUGGCACAUGCUAUCACGAUUUCCCCUCCAUAGAGGCUUUAGCAGAGAGCAGUGUACAGGCACAGCUACGGGAUCUGGGCUUUGGCUACCGAGCUCGUUUCCUGCAGGAAAGUGCACACCAGAUUAUUAGCUGUCAUAAUCCUGAGUGGCUUCAUACUCUCCGUAACGUCCCCUACCUGGAGGCCAGAGCCUCUCUCCUUAAACUUCCUGGUGUUGGGCCAAAGGUGGCCGACUGUGUGUGUUUAAUGUCCCUGGACAAGUCUGAAGCCGUUCCUGUGGACACGCAUGUGUGGCAGAUUGCGAGGCGUGACUACAACUAUGAUGCAGGAAGUAAAACGAAGACUCUGACCAAUAAAGUCUAUAAAGAAAUCGGGGAUCUCUUCAGACAACGUUGGGGCUCAUAUGCUGGCUGGGCUCACUCUGUUUUGUUCUGUGCUGAUCUAAAGAAGUUCCAGAAGCUGAAAGAAACCCCAACCAUAAAAGAAGAAAAGAAUCAAGCAAAGAUGGAAUAAAAGAAAAAGAAUACAAAAGAGCAGGAAUGUGAAAAAGAAAGGAGUUCAACAGUCUGGUUUACUUCUCUUUUAAACAAAACUGUUAUUACAAAAUGACUGGAAGGAAAACUCAGGAAUGAAAUCAAGUUCUUAGUCGGAAUGACUGCUUGUGCUGCCAGAAAGCACAUAUCUUUUGUACAGAAUUUUGGUGUAUGAGGGAACUCUGUGUAUAAUACAGCUGUUGUUUUUAUGUGGGGAAAAUGAUUUUAUAUUUUAGAAAAAUGAUCAUGUGUUUUGUGUCAGCAUUAUUCCUACUGUUUCUACAGUUUCGCUGUUAUAGUUUAUGAGUCCUUGCUAUGGCAGUAUGGGAGAAACCUGCAAACUACACCUGUCUGAACUAAAGAAAAACAUCAAGUUUGUUCAACAGAAUAGCAAAGUCACAAUUAUGCUGAUGUGAUCUAAGGGCACUUUAGCCUGUAAAUGCAUUCAGGCUCAGUCUUCUGAAUCAAAAAGCAAAAAUAAGGUGUAAAGAAGGUCUGGUCUCUGGUUUGUACAAAAAUUGGGAUGCUACUGAUAAUUAAAUACAAACAGUCACA